AUGCGUGUCUUUUGGUGGAAUGCUCAAGGCUUGGCUAAAGAUGGUGCAAGGUCCAAGUUGACUGAGCUUUAUCACUUGCAUAAUCCUGACAUAAUUUGUGUUGCAGAACCACAUGUUUUUUGCACUCUGCGUCUUGUUAGGAAGUUAAACUUAGUGAACUUUUGUGAAGAUGUUAUUACAAAUGAAGCAAAUGGCGAAAAGGCUAAUCUCUGGAUUUUGUGGAGAAAUUCCUUGGCAAGGACGGAUGUUUUAUCUUCUUCAAAGCAGGCAAUUACUUUGAAUGUUGCGGGAGAUUUUGUUACGGCAGUGCAUGCUUCUUUUGAUCUGGUUGCAAGAAGAAGACUUUGGCAUCAGUUGAAUUUAGGUUUUAUAUUUAUUCCUUGGUUGGUGUUGGGGGACUUUAAUUGCAUCUUACGAUUAGAUGAGAAGAAGGGUGGUAGGCCAAUAAAGGAAAUGUAUGUGAAUGAGUUUAAAAGUUGGAUUUCAGACAAUGGCCUGGUUGAGGCGGACGCAAUUGGGAAAAAUAUACUUGGUCUAAUUGUCGUAGUGGUAAUGAUAGAAUUGUUUCAAAGCAUGAUAGAGCGAACUGUUUUUGGUGAAGUUCAAUUUCGUUUGAAACAAGCUGAAUUAAAACUUGAAACUGAGAAUGAUCUUUUGGAUUUUGAUCAUGGUAGUGAGUUUCAGUUUGUGAAGGUUGCGGAUGCUCAGAAAGCUGUUGACGAUGUGAAAACGGAGUUGGCAGUUAUGCUUAAGAUGAAGUCGCGUGAUGAGAUAAAUGACUACAUUGUAAAUCAUUAUCAAGCAAAAUUCAAUGGUGGUGACGUUAAUAUUGAUCCAAGGCUGUUUGAUAUUGACCAUGAGAGCAUAAGUGACGCUGAAAGUGCUUUCAUGGAUGCUAUUCCGUCCUUGGAGGAGGUUAAAGAGGAUGUUUUUGAUUUGGGAGCGGACUCUGCGCCUGGUCCAGAUGGCUUUAUAGGUUCUUUCUAUAUACAAUGUUGGAACAUUAUUUCUAAAGAUCUUUUUAAUGCCAUUGCAAACUGUUGGGCUAUAAGUAAAAUUCCCAAUGGCAUUAAUUCAAGUUUGAAAGUUCUCAUUCCUAAAAAUAACAAGUAUGAUGCUAUCAAGGAUUAUAGGCCAAUUGGUUUGAGAAGGAAUAUUCAUGAAAAUAUAGCUUUGGCUUCUGAGUUGAUCGAUGAGAUUGGCACGGAAAGGAAACAUGGUAAUGUUGGAAUCAAAUUGGAUAUUACGCAAGCUUUUGAUACAGAUAUGCUGGGAAUGUACCAACGUGCUUCUGGCCAAUACGUAAGUUAUGCCAAAAACAAGUUUUAUUAUGGAGGAGGCACUGGCUCUCGUGCUAUUUCUAUAGCUAACUAUUUGGGAAUGGAAAGAGCCUUUUUUCCUGACAAAUACUUAGGAAUUCAAUUGAAUCCUGGUAUUGUUCGUCACAUCCAUGUUCGUCAAGUGGUGGAGAAAAUUAUGGACAAGUUGGCCGGCUGGAAAAGUAAGCUUUUAUCCUUUCAGGCCAGACUGGUUUUGAUUAGAUCCGUAAUUUCUAGCUAUGUGAUUCAUUCCAUGGCCGUGUACAAGUGGCCAUGCACGGUUAUUAAGCAGGUUGAGAAGGUCAUUAGAAAUUUUAUAUGGUCGGGUGAUGCUGAGAAACUAAAGUAUUUCACGAUUCUUUAUGAUGAUUUGUGCUGCUCGAGGCGUGAAGGUGGCCUUGGCCUUAAGAAGUUGUUGGAUGUUAAUAGAGCUAUGCUUAUGAAGUUGUGGGUUUCUAUUCGAGAUUCAGACAAGAUUUGGGCCAGAUUCUUGAGGGAGAAAUACUUCAAUUUAAAUGGCAACUUGAUUGAUUAUAAAUUGGGUUCCUCGGUUUUCCCAGGGAUCAGAUUGCGGCUUGGAAUUUUUUCCAAAGGGCCAAAUGAUUUCACGGCAAAGGUGAGUGAUAUUCUUGUUGAUGGUGCUUGGGCCAUACCUCCUCGCGUGAGGGAUUUGAUGAUUCAUUGUAAUAUUGAUAUUGAAAAUCUACCGCUUAUUGCUGGUGGAGAUGAUUACAAAAUCUGGGAUUUGGAUUACAAGGGCGUUUUUUCAGUCAAGUCUACGAAGGCUUCUAUUAAGGCGCCAGCUGAAGUUUUACCUAUUGCAUCUUUGUUCACUAGGGAAGUUGAAGAAUGA